AAUGAACGUUACCUUAAUUUUAAAAUAAUUGAAUUGAAAACAAAAUCAAACAUUUGCAAUAUCAAACAUCCAAAUUAUUUAGAGAAGAAUCGGAGAGUGUUCAUGUAUUUGAGAGAUGACGCAAAUAUUUAAUUGUAACUCGCACACGCAGUGUAUGAAAAAUCCUCUAAAACCUCAAUACAAUGGAGGGAUGGUCGUGAAUCCGGAGUUCAACGAUGGACUGAACGGCUGGUUGAGUUUCGGAAAUAAUCAAGUAAACCUAACCAAAGGAACUUCAAUGGAAGGAAACAACUUCAUCAUUGCUUCUAAUAGAAAAGUCCCGCAUGAUGGGUUCUCUCAAAAGAUUGAUUUGAAGAAGGGCCAUCACUACACAGUUUCAGGUUGGAUACAAAUAAGCGAUGACACUAAAAGUGAUGUAUCGGUCUUGCUCAAAACACCAAGUGGCUAUGAAUAUGUAGCCUGGGUUAUUGCCCGGUCUGGUUGUUGGUCCAUGUUUAAGGGUGGUUUCGUUUCUAAUGACUCGGCUACUUUCGAGUUAUAUUUUCAGAGUAACAAUACUCAAACCGAGAUAUGGGGUGAUAGCAUAUCAGUAAAAGAAUUCACCCCAGAGCAAUGGACUGCUCACCAAGUUAAGAGCAUUGAGAAGGUACGAAAAUCAAAGGUAUCAAUUCAAAUAGUGGAUUCUGAAGGAAACCCAUUGCCAAAUGCCACAGUGGCCGUGGUGAGCGGAAGGCCAAACUUCCCAUUGGGAUGCGCCAUCAACAACAACAUCCUGAACAACAACGCCUACCAAGCCUGGUUCUUCUCCCGGUUCAAGUACACCGUUUUCGAGAACGAGAUGAAAUGGUACAGCACUGAGCCGUCCCAGGGCCGCGAGGACUACUCCGUUUCCGACGCCAUGCUCCAGCUCGUCCAAAACCGAGGCGUCACUCUCCGUGGCCACAACGUCUUCUGGGACGACCCCAAGUUAUUGCCCUACUGGGUCCCAAACCUCACCCCUAGCCAACUGUCUGCCGCUGCUUCCGAAAGGAUUAACUCUUUCGUCAAGCGGUAUGCUGGACAGGUGAUACAUUGGGACGUGGUGAACGAAAACCUUCACCAUCAUUUCUUCGAGGAGAAGCUGGGCCCAGGCGCGUCUGCGGUUUACUAUAAUCUGACGAGCGUUUUGGACGGGAAGGCGACGCCAUUUUUGAACGAUUACAACACAAUAGAGCACCAGGAGGACUCGUAUUCGACCCCGAGCAAGUACCUUGACAAGAUCGGGGAGCUCCGAGCCCAUGGAUAUAAUGGGCCUUUGGGCAUCGGGCUGGAGGCCCACUUUGGUGUCCCGGACUUGGCGUAUGUUAGGUCCGCCAUUGAUACGCUCGCCAGCACUAAUCUCCCCAUUUGGAUUACCGAGUUGGAUGUUAGCCCGCGAGCUAACCAGGGAAUACUAUUGGAACAAAUACUAAACGAGCUGGUGUCACAUCCGGCGGUGCAAGGCAUCGUAAUAUGGUCGGCAUGGAAACCGGACGGGUGUUACAAAAUGUGUUUGACCGACAACAGUUUCAAAAACCUGCCCACCGGAGACGUCGUCGACGGCGUCCUGAAAAGAAUGAGCGGCCAAGGUUUGGGCGGCACCACCGCUGCCGGCGGCUACUUUGAGACUUCCCUCUUUCACGGCGACUACCAGGUGAAGGUGGAGCAUCCUUCUUUGGAGACGCCAACGGUGCAUCCCCUGGCUGUGACGCCGCCGAUCGCCGGCGCCGGCGCCGAGACCCAAAGCGUGAUUAACUUCAAAGUAUCUCUCCAAGUCUAGCUGAUACUAUACGGAGGAGUAUAUUUUUUCUAAACAUAGUUUAAUUUAAUUAGAUGGUCGAGAGAGUAAUUAGUGCAUUUUGGUUUUUAGUUCAUAUUCGGACGGUGGUCUUCGUUCAAUUCAAAUAUAUAGAUGUCUUUGAUUAUGUUUCCACUAGAAUAAUCUAAAGAGAAAUUU